UCAAUAUACAAACUAUUAAUCAAGAUUGAUACAUUGUUGAGAAAAGACAUGGGUUCCAUGGGCAAAAAGCAGCACAUUUUAGCUCUUGUGCUCCUUCUCUCAAUCUGCACUUCCCAAGUAAUGUCCCGCAACCUCCAUGAGGCAUCCAUGUCCGAAAGACAUGAGCAGUGGAUGAAGAAAUAUGGGAAGGUAUAUAAGGAUGCUGCAGAGAAGCAAAAACGUUUACUGAUAUUCAAGGAUAAUGUUGAAUUCAUUGAAUCCUUCAAUGCUGCCGGGAACAAACCUUACAAGCUUAGCAUCAAUCACCUAGCUGACCAAACCAAUGAGGAAUUUGUGGCUUCCCAUAAUGGAUACAAAUACAAGGGAUCACAUUCACAAACACCAUUCAAGUAUGGAAACGUUACUGAUAUUCCUACUGCAGUGGAUUGGAGGCAAAAUGGAGCUGUUACUGCAGUCAAGGACCAAGGCCAAUGUGGUAGCUGCUGGGCAUUUUCAACAGUUGCUGCAACAGAAGGUAUCUACCAGAUAAGUACAGGUAUGCUAAUGUCCCUUUCAGAGCAAGAGUUAGUGGAUUGCGACAGCGUGGAUCAUGGUUGUGAUGGAGGUCUCAUGGAAGAUGGGUUUGAAUUCAUUAUUAAAAAUGGUGGAAUCAGCAGUGAGGCAAACUACCCUUACACAGCAGUUGAUGGAACUUGUGAUGCAAGCAAAGAGGCUUCUCCAGCAGCUCAAAUAAAGGGCUAUGAAACAGUACCUGCUAACAGUGAGGAGGCACUGCAGCAAGCAGUUGCAAACCAACCAGUGUCGGUUUCCAUUGAUGAUGGAGGAUCUGGUUUCCAAUUCUACUCAAGUGGGGUUUUCACAGGACAAUGUGGGACUCAGCUAGACCAUGGUGUUACUGUUGUUGGUUAUGGUACCACAGAUGAUGGUACUCAUGAGUAUUGGAUAGUGAAGAACUCAUGGGGCACACAAUGGGGUGAAGAAGGAUACAUAAGAAUGCAACGAGGCAUAGAUGCCCAAGAAGGCCUUUGUGGCAUUGCCAUGGAUGCCUCGUACCCAACUGCUUAGAAAUUAAGCCUUCUAACGAUAAUUUGUGUUUCAAAUUUACUUUAUUUUGCAUUCUCAUCGGUGCAUGUAAUAUUUUCGAUUUUUCAAACACUAAUUUACUUGAUAUAUUAUUACAUCUACGCA